AAGAUGUUUCACUGCAACAGUCCCUCUCCCCCUCUCUGUCUCUCUCACUCCAUAAAAACCCCCCUCUCUAUGCACCCAAACUCACCGAAACCAUCUCUCUCACUCUCAUUCUCAGUCUCAAUCCUCAUCUCUACACAUUUCUUCCACCACUCUCUCCCAUCUAACAUCGCCCUACCGAUCAGCACGACUAGACGAAACUACUUUGUUACUUGAAAGAAAAAUGCCGUCUGACUCCGGCGACAAACGACCAUCAAAACCCCAUCAAACGGGAGCUCCACCACCAGAACAAGAACACCUUCCCUGCCCACGUUGCGAUUCUACCAACACUAAGUUCUGCUACUACAACAACUACAACUUCUCUCAGCCUCGCCACUUCUGCAAGUCCUGCCGCCGCUACUGGACUCACGGCGGCACUCUUCGGGACAUUCCCGUCGGAGGUGGAAGCCGCAAGAACGCCAAGCGCUCUCGCACCACCACCUCUUCCGCCUCUUCUCAGGAACCCUUACCGGCUACUCCUGUUUUGGUCUCUCUCUCCACCAAUCAUGCCACGUCUAUGCCGUUUGUGGGUGAUGUUAAGCCUACAGUGAACGUGUGCGGGAGCUUCACUUCUCUGCUUAAUACGCAGGGACCUGGGUUUUUGGCUCUGGGAGGAUUCGGCCUGGGGCUAGGACCUGGUUUCGAGGACAUGGGAUUUGGGCUUGGAAGAGGCGUCUGGCCAUUCCCUGGAGCCGGAGACGGUGGUGCUAGUGGCGGCACCGGCGGUGGCACUGCUCUAGUGGGAAACACGUGGCAGUUUGAGAGUGGCGAAGGUGGGUUUGUUGCUGGAGAUUGCUUUUCUUGGCCGGAUCUUGCUAUUUCCACACCCGGGAAUGGUCUCAAAUGAUCUCUUCUUCUGUAUUCCCCUUUGAAUCUCACUGCCUUUUUUCUUUUUUACCCUUUUAUUUUAAAUUUGAAUAGGAACCAAGAUCUAGUACGUGUUCAGAGUUGAUUAGCUAUGAAAUUAGAGAAGUUGUAACUUUUUGACUCUAUAAGUUUUGACCUUCUUUAUCGUU